UUAUUUGUUCGAGUUCGAGGCCUUGCAAGGGAAGAUAUCUCACACAGCAAAACGCCUGGAUCGUGAGACAAAAUCAGCAGGUGUUAUAACUAGCCACGAAGCGGAAAGAGACAAAUUCUAGAACGGUGUUAGCCAUCGCAUUUGUGAAUGACGGGAGCAGAGAAGAGAGCCAUGCCGGGCAACGCAGGAAGUCAGGCCUCCAAGAAGAGAAAGGGUGGCUCAUGGCAGAAGCAAAAUAACAAGGUUAUCAUUGAGAGUGGUGACUGGGGAGUGUUUGUCACUUGUGAUAUUGGAAGAGAGGGCAAAUGCAUUGCCGAGGCGCUGGAUCUUUUUUCCCAGAGUGUGGAAUCUCCCAAUGAGGCAGAAAAUGCUGAAGAAUCGGGUUCUGAUGACGAUGACAUCGAGGCCCAAAUCAGAAAAGAAGUUGAAGGCUUGAAGCCCAGCUCAGCCAAGUCUCGCCCAUUCCAGGCAAUCAGGAUGGAACUUCCAUGCGUAACAUUUAUACGAUUCGACAAAUCGAUAGACCCUGUGAAAACGGUCCACCAGAUUUGUGCUGACGCUUAUGCCAAUCCGGAGAAGAAGAGAAGCCGAUGGAUCAAGCGAAUGACGCCCAUUACUUCUAUCAGAAAGACCCUCAGUGUUGAUCUAGAAGUCUUCUCAAAAGAGAUUUUGAAGCCUCACUUCCAUUCCGGCGGUCCACCAAAGAAGUAUGCCAUUCGGCCUUCAGUCAGAGGCAACAAGGUAUUCAACCGAGAUAGGGUCAUCAAGACCGUCGCCGAUGUGGUUGGCACCGAGCAUCCUGUUGAUCUUAAAAACUAUGACCUAAUCAUCCUGGUCGAGGUUAUCCACAAUGUCAUCGGAAUGAGUGUCAUUGGACACGAUUACGACCAACUGAAGCGGUUCAACUUGGCUGAAAUAUUUGAUCCGACACCCAAACCGACAGUUUCAGAAGCUAAAGAAUCAAAAUAAUGAAGGGUAUUACGGCUCUCAUUUGUCACUAUAUUUCUCUCGAGACAUUUCUAGUUCAAUGAAUCCUUGGGGACAAGUCACAUGAAUACUAUCCAUCCAGCGUGCUCUUUUUUUAAGGUGAGCAGAACAGUUCUUUGGGGAUUGAAAUCCAUCCCACUCGGAUACCUCUCUAUACGAGUCAAGCAGACUCCGGCUAGCAAAAAUGAUUACAAAAAACCACAAACUCGGUUGUCUCCCAUUUUCAUUGGUCAGUAAACAAUGGCCCUUUCCAACAUUAAU